AUGUAAUUUACAUUAUUAUUGGCUCUCGCUCUUACAACACUUUCUUAAUCGACUGAUUUUGCUUUAUUGAUAAAAAGUUCAAAUUCUUAGGCUUGGGAAAGAAUUGGUGAUAUCAAAAUACCCAGAUCUAAUUUUUAGAAUGCUCAGAUUGUCUUGAAUUAAAAUAAACAGCAAAUUAUAGAUCGCAAGAAAAUUAACGAAAAUAAUUAUGCUCUAUUGAAAUUGUAGAAUUAGCAAGAUGAAAAGUCAUAUAUCGCACAUAUUGAUGGAAAAUAAUUAUCUCUCUUUAAUUAAAAAUCCAAUUACUAAGAAGUCAUUACAUUUGUUUUAUCCAACAAUGAUCUAUUGUCAUUUGAUUACGCAUUAAAGCCCAUAAGGAAAAAUGCAGAAACCUACAUUCAAGUCAACAUCAAAGAAUUGGAAGUAGCCCCAUCAGGAUUAGUACCACAAUUUGAAGAUAAGACUCCCGAAGAAGAAGAAUAACAAAAGCCCCAGGGAAUCUUUGGACUAAUAUUAUAAUAUAAAUGGUAUAUUAUUAUCGGAUUUAUUGUCUUCUUCCUAACAGGUCAGGCUGAUCCCCAAAAAUUAAAUGAAACUGUCUAAUAAGCUUAAGAACAAGCCCAGGCAUCAAAAAGAAGAAACAAAUGAGUAAAUUUAUUCAAAUGUUGUGUAAAAUAAUUUUAAUUUUUAUAUAAUAAC